AUGCGUGGUGCAUCCUGGCUGUUUGUCGUCCUUUCGGCCGUCCUCUGCGGCAGCGCUGAAGAGGCGUCCACGGUGGGCGACGAGAAGGACGUCACUGUCGUCCAGGACACAGCCGUCAGCGAUGACGGAGUCACAGUCGUCGAUCGAGAUCUGAUAGGCGGAGGCCCCGACGAUGAGGACGUGCACCUCGACGCGCCUGGCCUUCUUACGAAGUAUGGGUAUCCGGUCGAAACAUAUGAAGUGACGACUGAAGAUGGCUACGUACUGACAAUGUUCAGGAUUCCCUAUGGCAAAAAGUCGCCUUUGACGGAAGGAGAACGCAGACCAGCAGUCCUUCUCCAGCACGGUCUCAUGAACAGCGCCGACGACUGGUUAAUCAUUGGUCCAGACAGGGCUCUCGGGUACAUUUUGGCUGAUGCUGGAUAUGACGUUUGGCUGGGCAAUAUUCGUGGUAACUGGUACUCACAGAAGCAUCAGGAUUACUCUCCAAAAAAAGAUAAAUUCUGGAAAUUCAGCUGGCACGAGCAUGGUAUUUAUGACAUGCCGGCGCAGAUAGACCACGUUUUAAACGCCACUGGCCACAAGCAAAUAUUUUAUAUUGGGCAUUCCAUGGGAACGACCAUGUUCUACGUCGGAAUGUCUUUGAAGCAUGACUACAACGAAAAAAUUCGGGCAAUGUUCAGCCUGGCACCAAUUGCUUUCAUGAACCACAUGAAGAGCCCGCUGUUCAGAAUUUUAGCACCUUUAACAUCCGUUGUCCAGCAACACAUCAUUUUCUCUUUUUCAGGUCACUUUAGGCAAUACAAUUAUGGCAUCUUAAAAAAUUUCAAGCGUUACGGUAAGGCCACGCCGCCUGACUACAACCUUGCGAACGUCACUGCACCGGUCUAUCUUUUCUACGGGCCUAACGACUGGCUCGCUGGACCUACGGAUAUCGAUCGUUUGCACAACCAACUUGGAAAUUCAAAAGAAAAGAACCAGAUUGAAUUUCCGAAAUUUAACCACUUGGAUUUUAUAUAUGGCAAAGACGCAUAUGAUUUUGUGUACAAACCAGUUUUGGACGUGAUGAACAGUUAUGAAAAAGGAACAAAAUGA